GUUCUGGCUUCGCAGACGAAGUACUCGGCCAUAGCGCUGCUUUGAAGUCAUAAAAUCGGCCAGCGCUCACAUGCAUAGGAGCAUCCUCUCCUCGUUCACAAAUGUGUCCCAUUUCCUAACCAAACGGAGCGUCGUCAAAGCCACCAUGGCAACCUUGGUAGAGCCGGCGGUCAACGGCCUGGACGUGGCCUCGCAAGUCAAGUUGACAGGAAGAGCAUUCUAUGAAAGUAUAGGGAGCCCAAAAAUGAUUGUGGCGCCGAUGGUCGAUCGCUCAGAAUUUGCAUGGAGACUCCUCACCCGCUCAUACCUCGACGAAAACAAAUCAAAGUCUUUGCUAGCCUACUCCCCAAUGCUUCAUGCCAGAUUGUUCACAUCCAAUCCGAAGUUCCGAGAUCAGCACUUCAAGCCCACCCGGUUGAGUCUGGUCUCCAAGGACAAGUCUACAUCUCCACCUUGGCUGGAUGGCAACCCUAAACUAGACCGGCCCCUUUUUGUCCAGUUCUGUGCAAACAAGCCUGAAGAGCUUCUCGAUGCUGCACAGUACGUCGCACCUUAUUGCGAUGCCGUUGAUUUGAACCUGGGCUGCCCUCAGGGAAUUGCGAAGGCGGGCAAAUACGGCGCAUUUCUACAAGAGGACUGGGACACGAUAUACAGCAUGAUCAACACACUCAAGGAGAACCUUUCCGUUCCUGUCACGGCCAAAAUGCGCAUUCUUGACACACGCGAGAAGACUCUCGAAUAUGCAAAGAUGAUUCUGUCCGCCGGAGCAAGCAUACUCACAGUUCACGGUCGCAGAAGAGAACAAAAGGGUCACAACACCGGUGUUGCGGACUGGGACAUGAUUCGAUAUCUUCGAGACAAUCUGCCUCCAGAGACCGUCCUCUUUGCAAACGGCAAUAUUCUCAACUCUGGAGACCUUGAAGCCUGUCUCUCUGCCACAGGCGUGGAUGGGAUCAUGAGUGCCGAAGGAAAUUUGUCAGAUCCAACCAUUUUUGCCAGCCCACCUUUGGAACGAAACCCACGAGAGUACUGGUACGGCACGGACGGACGAUCGGGCUAUCGCAUUGAUGGAGUCUUUCGAAGAUAUCUGGAUAUCAACUACAAGUAUGGCUUAGACAGGGAACCGCCGAAUCGCCCGCCCUUGUAUACUUACAACGACAGUAAGCCAGACUUUUCACCACGUCUAGAAGAGCAGGACUCAGAACCGCAACCUAAAAAGGUCAAAAGGCAGCACAACCAACCACAGGCCCCAAGCAUCAAAUACAUGCAGGGACAUCUCUUCCAGCUCUUGCGACCGAUGCUUUCAAAGCACACUGAUAUUCGUGAUGCUUUGGCGAGAGUGAGAGUCGGAGAUAUGGAUGCCUUCGAAAGAAUUCUGGCCAUGGUGGAGAAAGUUACAAUGGAGGGGAUUGAUGAGUACAUGGAGUCCAAUAAGGCAGACACCGAAUCACACACGCUCGCAAAUACUUCAACGCCUGACACGACAGAGGGUCCAGAGAUGACAGCCACAGAAAAGGUUAUUGAGCAGUAUAAACGGCCAUGGUGGGUUUGUCAACCACAUAUCAGGCCAUUACCUGAAGAUGCCAUUGCAAAAGGCGCGCUCACAGUGAGCAAGAAGGAUAAGGCCAAGGCCAAGUUGGAAGGCAGCAUAACCUCGCCAGUCGAGGGCGCCCUUCAAAGCGAUGAUCCCCUUACCGAGAGCAAACCAGAUUCUCAAUCUUCCAAAGAUGAAAUACCAAAAGCUGCGAUGGUCUGUGGCUGAUGAAAUAAUCACAACAAAAACCUAAUUCAAAGACCUAACAUGGUCUUUGUAUCCAAUAUUGUUGUCUGGCGUAUGAUGGACCGCUGGGCAAACUAUGUCUUUUCACUCGAUUUACUCGAGGAUUCGCCUACUGACAGCCAUGUUUGUGGAUCUCUUCAUCUCCUAUGGCAUUGCUCUAGGAUUAGCUAGUCGCUGUCGCACUCUCCCCACUUGCCACAAGCUAAACACCAUGGAUACGGCCACUGUCGCCCUGUACUAUAGUCUGCGCCGAAACUUGCUUUCUAUACAAAACAGGCUGGAAAGGCGCGGAUACGAUCACCAUUACGAAAUCCCAAAGAGCAACCUAUCCAUCCCUAGCGUUCAGAUCAAAUUUUUCACACUGCAAAGUAGGUUUGCGAAGCUUUGUAUUCUGUGCUGAUACAUAUCACUGCACUGCUUCGUUCACUUCUUCAGUCUCUUCCUCGUCGGAACCUACUUCGUCGCCCUCGACAUCUAUUUCCUCGUCGUCAUUAUCAUCACGUGUAUAUCCUUGGAUCAUACUGCCACCAAUCCGAGCACGUUUCUCCGCAGGCUGUCCGUCAUCCUCUUGGUCUCCUUCCAAUGAUCUCUUCAACGCGUUCUGUUCCUUCGACUUUUCUUUGGCGAUCCGGUUGGCUCUCUUUCUGAAAUAUUCCGCAUCGGCUUUGAGCUUAAAUCUCUCAAUGAUGGCCGGGGUUCGUGUUCGUUGAGAGAUGAUAGCCACGAUGCUUCGUUCACGUCGUGGUGUUGUUGAGCCUUGUUGUAUUGUGCCUUGGAAUUUGGCGUUCAGACGGGUUUGCCAAUCUUUCUUGGUUUGGUUACAGAUUGGCUUCUUCAUCAGAUCAUCCUCGGGCAAGUCGGGAAAUUGUUGGCGCAUUGUUGCGAGCCAUUCAAGGUUCAACUGCAGAAGAAACUCUUUCUCUUCCUCGGACCACAGUUGUGCCGCUUCUCGGAGGCUCGUGUUGGUGGUUCGGCAAUUGUUCUGGCGGCGGAAGUUGUUCAAGAGAUGAAUGUGUUCCUGGUUGUUCCAGUCGAAAGGCACCCUCGUCUGGGAUGGUUUUCGUCGGUGGUGGUCAUGUGUACCAAGAGCUGGCCACUCGAACUUUUCAUACGCCUUGAAGCGAUUCGCCCAAUAACGGCCUCUGGAGAUAUAUUCAUGAAGGAAGCGCCAGUCACUCCUCAAGCCUGGUUUGGCGGUUCCUUUCAUUAGGUGCAGCGUGAAGCCCUCUGGGCGGCGGUUGGAUGUCGCGGUGGGCUUUUGGGUUUUGCUGACUGAUGAUUUCGGGCGCUCAAAGUCCGCCUCUGGCUCUGUGUCCGACUCCGACUCAUCAUCACUUGUCUCGUCACCAUCAUCAGAACUUGUUGUUUCAAGGACCUCAACAUCUGUGUCGCGGUCCAAAGCCCACCCGUCCUCACCGUUGCCAUCAGCCUGAGGCUCCCAAUCCUGACCAGAGGGAGGUGGCAGUGUCUUCAUGUUAUAGUCAUACCGCAAGUCGUAAAGAACAUGUUUGCGCCUAGACAGAACAGGGGGCACACCAGAACGAAACCAAGCCUCAAUCGCUGCAAUAAGGUUCCAGUGACGUUUCUCCAGGAAUACCUUCAAUGAAAACCAAUCACUCCGGCCGGUGAUGUUGAUGAAUGUUGCCAGACGCUCAUCCUGUUCUCGGAGCUGUUGUUCUUGGAUCUCAUCACCGGCACGAGGUUUCAGGGUCUGUGGUGGGAGGCUGGAGCGCAUCCGGUCAAACUGCUUGCCUACAGCUCUAAUGGCAUCGGGCAGUGAUCUGAAUUGUUCGCAUGCCUCGGUGAAGUCCCAGUCCGCCAUGUGAAGCAACAGGAUGGCCUCGGAUGGCGUCACUUCGACCUCCUCGUCAUCGGCCUGGUCUUCAUAGUGGAUCCUGAGCGCCAGCCCAGCAUCUCGGCGCUCUUGCUCGUUGUUGUCAUUGAGCCACCAUGGCAUCUCCAACUCUUUUAUUUUCGGAAUAUCUCUUUGCCGCUCUGAUGUGUCAGAGACACCGCUUGACUUUGUUGAUGAUGAUGAUGAUGAUGAUGAUGAUGA